UGUCAGCGGAGAUCACAGACACCGGUAACAGUCAGUGGUGGGGAUUAUGACAAGCAGUAGCUUUACUUAACAUAACGCAACCCAACUUAAACUUACUUUUAUGCUCUUAACUGUAGUAUAUUUGCUUUAUUAAAAAAAAAAGUCGCUCUUUGAACAACCUGAAAUCUAGAAGACAGAGAAAAUGUCAGUGGUAGGUUUUGACUUGGGCUUUCAAAGCUGCUAUGUAGCUGUUGCCCGAGCUGGAGGAAUCGAGACAAUCGCCAACGAGUACAGCGACAGGUGUACACCGUCAUUUGUAUCUUUUGGACCACGGAAUCGAUCCAUUGGAGCCGCUGCAAAGAGCCAGGUGGUAACCAACCAAAAGAACACAGUGCAGGGCUUCAAGCGUUUCCAUGGCAGAGCGUUCUCAGACCCGUAUGUUCAGUCAGUCAAGUCAAACUUGGUGUAUGACCUGGCUCCGAUGCCUUCUGGAUCCACUGGUAUAAAAGUGAUGUACAUGGAGGAAGAACGAGUAUUUAGUAUUGAGCAGGUAGCUGGCAUGCUGCUGACCAAACUAAAGGAAACAGCUGAAUGUGCACUGAAGAAACCAGUUGUCGACUGUGUCAUCUCGGUACCAAGUUUUUUCACUGAUGCAGAGAGAAGGUCAGUCAUGGAUGCAGCUCAGAUUGCAGGCCUCAACUGUCUACGAUUAAUGAAUGACACCACUGCAGUGACUCUCGCGUAUGGAAUUUACAAACAGGACCUUCCAGCUCCAGAAGAGAAGCCCAGGAUAGUUGUGUUUGUGGACCUGGGCCACUCUGGUUACCAAGUGUCUGUUUGUGCCUUUAACAAAGGAAAACUUAUGAUUCUGGCUACAGCUUUUGAUUCAGACCUUGGUGGGAAGGACUUCGAUGACAUCCUGGUAAACCACUUCUGCCAGGAGUUUGCAAAGAACUACAAACUGGAUGUCAAGUCCAAACCUCGAGCGUUGGUGCGGCUUUAUCAAGAGUGUGAGAAGCUGAAAAAGCUGAUGAGCGCCAACUCGUCCGAUCUGCCCCUCAACAUUGAAUGUUUCAUGAACGACAUUGAUGUUUCUGGUAAACUCAACAGGGGUCAGUUUGAAGAAAUGUGCUCAGGGCUGCUGGCCAAAGUUGAGGGUCCCUUGCGUAGUGUCAUGGAACAAGCCAAACUGAAAAAGGAAGACGUAUACGCAGUGGAGAUUGUGGGCGGAGCCUCCAGAAUCCCUGCUGUGAAAGAGCGGAUCAGCAAAUUCUUCGGCAAAGAGCUGAGCACGACUCUAAAUGCAGAUGAGGCUGUCGCCAGAGGCUGCGCUCUGCAGUGUGCUAUCUUGUCACCAGCUUUCAAAGUGAGAGAGUUCUCCAUCACAGACGUCGUCCCCUACUCCAUUUCUCUAAAAUGGAAUUCAGCUGCAGAGGACGGGCUGAGUGAUUGUGAGGUUUUCCCAAAGAACCAUGCAGCUCCCUUUUCCAAGGUGCUGACCUUUUAUCGGAAGGAGCCCUUCACCCUUGAAGCCUUCUACAAUAAUCCCAAGGAGCUACCCUACCCCAAUGCCACUAUAGGCCAGUUCUUAGUCCAGAAUGUGGUUCCUCAGGCUUCAGGCGAGAGUGCCAAGGUUAAAGUGAAAGUGCGUGUCAACGUCCAUGGUGUGUUCAGUGUGUCAAGCGCAUCGCUAGUAGAACUCGUGAAACCAACUGAAGGGGAAGAACCGAUGGAGACAGACCAGAUCACGAAGGAGGAGGAGAACAAAAUGCAGGUGGACCAAGAUGAUCAGAAACCCCAGGCUGGAGACAACGGAGACAAGAAAACAGAGGCAGAGGAAAUGGAGAUGUCAACGGGUGAUGCCAAAGAGGAGAAGAAGAACGACCAACCUCCUCAGGCAAAGAAGGCCAAAGUAAAAACGAAGACUGUGGAUCUGCCUAUAGAGGGCAAACUGCAGUGGCAGCUGUCCAGUGAUGAACUCAAUGUGUUUGUGGAGAAUGAGGGGAAGAUGAUCAUGCAGGACAAGCUCGAGAAGGAGAGAAAUGACGCAAAGAACAAUGUAGAAGAGUACGUGUACGAAAUGAGAGACAAACUGCACGGAGUGCUGGAGAAAUUUGUGAAUGAAUCCGACCGUGAUCUGUUUUCAUUGAAACUCGAGGACACGGAGAACUGGUUGUAUGAAGAUGGAGAGGACCAACAGAAACAAGUGUACAUUGACAAACUGGUUGAACUAAAGCAAAUUGGUCAGCCCAUUCACGAUCGAUGCAUGGAAGCCAGCGAAAGACCAAAAGCAUUUGAGGAACUUGGCAGACAAAUCCAGAAGUACACAAAGAUCAUAGAAGCUUACAAGGCUAAGGAUGAGCAGUAUGCUCACCUUGACGAGCUGGAGGUGACUCGGAUCGACAAGCUGGUCGGUGAAGCCAUGGCCUGGAUGAACUCAAAGAUGAACCAGCAGAACAGUCAGGACCUCACGUUGGACCCAGUGGUCAGAGUUGGAGAGAUUCAAGCCAAGACUAAGGAGCUUUAUUCAUCCUGUAACCCAGUGGUGUCCAAACCCAAGCCCAAAGUUGAGCCUCCUAAGGAGGAGAAGACAGAAAACGGGCCAGUCAAUGGUCAGGAGGUGACAGAAAACCAGCCAUGCAACCCAGAUAAAGCAAAAUCCUCAGGCACAGAGCAGGAAACGGCAGAAAACAAGCUUCCUGAGAUGGACAUUGACUAAUUUUUUCUGCUGCCAACCUUGAGUUUUCCAUUCUUGUUUGUGCUGCUACCCACUUCUGCCCUUCUUUAAAGAUUGUUAUUGACGGCGCCAUGGCCUCUGUUGAAGACACACAGCAGCAUCUGUUAUCAGUGCUAAUUACCAGGCCGCCCUCCCGGCAUGUCUUUUCUUAUGUUUUGGACUUUCAAAAUAUUACAUAACAUGAUGGAAUGAACUACUUGAAGACUUGAAGGUUGUGGGGGUGGGGGUUGCUUUCUCUGUGCUGCUUUGAUGGCUGUAAUGCUCAUUUAAGCUAAGAUUAUCCGAUUUGAUGAACUGUCUGCAACAUGGCCGUUCAUAGCUAAUAGUAUUUAGAAAAAUUGUGAAAUUGUAAAAUAUUGUUUAAUUAAGAUAUAAAUGCAGAGGCAUAGGUGGCAGGGACUUGAAUUGUUUCAGUUGUUAAUGUAAAAUAUUGCAUUUUUCUUUUAUUUCCACCACAGACACUUGUAACUUCUGGAUGAUGUAUUUAGUUAAAACAAACACAAAAGGAGUUUCUUUUUUUUUUAAGUUCUGAAAAGGUUGACAAUAGAUGCAAGUUACUGUUAUGCAGUAUUUCAUUGUUCUGCUUUUCUCAUUUAAAAAGCAACGAUCUGUUUGUUCUCCGGUAGCCUUGUAAUGUUCUUUUGUUUUUGUUUGUUUUUCUACUUUAAAGUUGUGAUUGCUGGUUCAGCGUGUCACCUUUUAAGGUGCUGUUCUUGCCACGUCACAGAAAAAGCAAAAAAUAAUUCCUAAAAAUAAAAGCUUUGGGGGAAAACAACUUCUUGACGAGACAUUCCAGACUCUUGUUUUCUUCAAGAGUUCUCUGAUGGCUCUGCUGUUAUGGGCUGCAUCGGCGGUGACGGUGAGGAGGAAUAUAUGGGCACAGUAAGGAAGUUUUCAAUUCAGUUUACUGUACUUUCCGCUGUACACGUCACACCGUCAUAUGUCGCAUCAGUCCAAAAAUGUU